AUGAGGUUUUUCAAGUCUCUUCUUUCGGCGACCCUGCUCAUUGCAGGCGCCCUCGCCGCGAAAAAGUCCCCGACCGAACGCUUCUCAGAAUACCACACCAAGGCGCUAAGCUCGUCCCCUUUGAAGCUCUCUGAGACUUCGUACAAAAGCUUAACGUCUACGCCUCGUGACUACAGCGUUGUAGUGUUGCUGACAGCGCUCGAGAGCCGCUUCGGCUGCCAGCUCUGCCGCGAUUUCCAGCCCGAAUAUGACCUCCUGGGCAAGGGGUGGGUGAAGGGGGACAAGAAGGCCGAGUCUCGCUUGCUGUUUGGUACUCUUGACUUUGUGGACGGACGUGAUGUCUUUGUCUCGCUCGGCCUCCAGACCGCACCCGUACUGCUGCUGUUCCAGCCGACCGAGGGCCCCCACGCGGUGGCCUCGAAAGACCCGAUUCGAUAUGAUUUUACAACUGGGCCACCAACCGCCGAGCAGGUUCACGGCUGGCUGUCUAGGCACCUCACUGAUCGCCCUCACCCCCCCGUUCAGAGGCCAAUCAACUGGCAACGGUGGGCAUCAGCGAUCACUAUCAUCCUCGGCGGCAUUACACUGCUUGCAACAGCUUCUCCAUACAUUUUACCCGUCAUCCAGAACCGGGCACUGUGGGCUACGGGUUCCAUGUUCUUCGUCCUUCUCUUCACGAGCGGUUACAUGUUCUGCCAGAUCCGCAACGUUCCCUAUGUGACGGGCAAUGGGAAAGGAGGGGUGAGCUACUUCGCCGGGAGCUUCCAAAACCAGCAUGGGCUCGAGACUCAGGUCGUUGGUGGACUCUAUGGCAUCCUCGCGAUCACUUUCACCGUGCUGGUCACCAAGGUGCCUGCCAUUCCCAACCCACGUUACCAGCAAGUAGCCGCUGUUGCCUGUGGCGGAACCAUUUUCCUCUUGCAAAGUGCAUUGCUGAGCAUCUUCCGUAUCAAGAACGGUGGAUACCCGUUCUCGCUGCCUCCGUUUAUGUAA